AUGCUGGAUCUCUGCCGUGUCUUCGACUUUACACGGGAUUGCGUUGCCGAUGCCGAAUGGGAUGGUCGGAAGUUCGUUAUACUUGUUGGUCUGAUUGGCACUGUUGGCAUGGUCGGCUUCGCCUGGUGGAUGAUAGCAUUGGUAUCCGUGUGUGGUUGCCUUGCAGCUAACUUCGUAUAUGAAGGCUCUGGACAUGAGACUCUUCUUCCUGGCGAGAAAGAACAUAUUUGA